AGUCAAUUUACUAUUUUUGCUUUCUGCGGGGCCCCAAGAUUUGAAAUUCACAGUUGAAUUUUUUUGGGUGUUAUUUGCAAACUUUCUUAGCCGUCAUCUUCCCCUUCGUCGUCAUUGCAAGUAGUCGUCAGUCUUCAUUGAUCAUUCACUUGCUUUCAUGAAACCCUAGAUUUCUUAAAACUAAGAUUAAGAGUUUAAAAUAUUAGGUUUUCUGAUUUCCUACCUGCAAAUGGGCACUUAAACUUGGACUCAUUCUCAUCUUUAUUGUCUUUCUGUGUAAUUUCAUUCUAACUUCAUAACCAUCUCUCUCUCUCGCUGCAUUUCUUUACAGGAAAUGAAUUUUUAUGUUUCCUGCAACUUCGACUGCUCUUUCUCUCUCCUCUCUCUCCAGGAAAUGAAGUUUUAGGUUUCCUGUAACUUGAAUUGCUCUCUCUCUCUCUCUCUCUCCAGGAAAUGAAGUUUUAGGUUUCCUGUAACUUGAAUUGCUCUCUCUCUCUCUCUAUAUAAAUAUCUGUCGCUCUUCUCCCAGUGAAACUGUUGGUUUCUCUAUGAAAUCCAGCUUUUUAUGUACUUUUUGUAGUGUUUGAGCUCCUGAAGCAGAAGCCUCUGUUAUUUAAGCUCUGGUUCUUCUGGGGCGUAUUUUUGUAGGCAAAUAACGAGAGGCUGUGAUUGUGGUAUUUGACAUGAGGAGCAAGAAGGACCUGAAGCAGCUCAAGCUUGCACUUCCCCCUCAGGAAGCCCCGAUCACUGAUUUCUUGACUGCAAGUGGAACUUUUCAGGAUGGGGAUUUGCUCUUAAAUCAGAAGGGGUUGAGGCUGAUCUCUGAAGGCAAAGAAACCCAGCAAACUUCUGAAGGUCAAGAGAUUGAUUUCCAGUUCAAUUUGGAGGACCUAGAGACUAUAAAAGUUAUCGGGAAGGGAAGUGGAGGUGUUGUUCAACUUGUUCGCCAUAAAUGGGAAGGAAAAUUUUUUGCCUUAAAGGCAAUCCAGAUGAAUAUCCAAGAGACUGUUCGUAAACAGAUAGUACAAGAGUUGAAGAUAAAUCAAGCAUCACAAUGUCCACAUAUAGUUGUUUGUUAUCACUCAUUUUAUCAUAAUGGGGUGAUUUCUCUCGUUUUGGAGUACAUGGAUCGUGGAUCUCUUGCUGACAUUAUCAAGCAAGUGAAAACAAUACUUGAACCUUACCUUGCUGUUGUUUGCAAACAGGUCUUAAAGGGCCUAGUAUAUCUGCACAAUGAAAGGCAUGUAAUUCAUAGGGAUAUCAAACCAUCAAACUUGUUAGUAAAUCAGAAAGGUGAAGUUAAGAUCACAGAUUUCGGUGUGAGUGCUGUACUUGCUAGCUCCAUGGGUCAAAGAGAUACAUUUGUUGGCACUUACAAUUACAUGGCGCCAGAGCGAAUUAGUGGAAGCACGUACAACUACAGUAGUGAUAUAUGGAGCUUGGGUUUGGUUGCACUUGAGUGUGCCAUUGGCCAUUUCCCUUAUGCACCUGCUGAACAAGAAGAGGGAGGCUGGUUGGGUUUCUAUGAGCUUUUAGAGACUAUUGUGGACCAACCACCACCUUCUGCUCCUCCAGAUCAGUUCUCACCUGAGUUCUGUUCAUUCAUUUCUGCGUGGCUCACCCCUUCAUCAAGAAAUUUGAGAAUCAAGACAUUGAUCUAGCAAUUCUUUUCAGCAGCUUGGAACCUCCUGUAAAUUUUUCCAGGUGAGAGAGAGAGAGAGAGAGAGAGAUAGAGAGAGAGAGAGAGAGAGAGAUUUGUGGCACUGAAUGUAGAUGACUGAUAAAAUUGUUGUUUCAGUAAAGAGAUAGUUACGGGCAGAAGAUAGUGUCCCAUAACAUUCAAAUGAAUGACAAAUUGUCAUCUUAAAGCUCUUUAAA